AUGUCUAAAGCACUGGUAUCUCUGAUUGGGAAACGAGUGUUGGGCGAAACUGCCAAGAAUCACUUCGGCACUGAGGAUCCUUACUUCGAAGAAGUUCCGGCCUCCCGACUCGGUCGUGCCUUCGGAAAGAAGAAGCAGAAGCGUCGCAAGGCCAUCCCCCCAGGCUUAUCAGAAAAUGAUAGCAAAGUCUUAACGAAGGUCAAGCGCAGAGCCUACCAGUUAGACUAUGCUCUUUUCAAUUUGUGCGGAAUCCAGUUCGGCUGGGGAAGUGUAAUUGGACUCGUUCCAUUUAUUGGUGAUGCCGGUGACGCUGCCCUUGCAAUGAUGGUUGUGAGAUCAUGUGAAGGCAUCGAUGGUGGACUUCCUGCAGCCCUGCGCAUGAAGAUGAUGAUCAAUGUGAUUGUCGAUUUCGUCAUUGGUCUUGUUCCGUUCAUUGGUGACCUUGCCGAUGCUGUGUACAAAGCCAACACCAGAAACGCGGUCAUCCUCGAAACCCACCUGCGCGAAAAGGGAGCCAAGGCCGCCUCUAAGCGGGGCAGACGACGGUCUCAAUCAAGACGAGAAGAAGUCGAAAUUGACCAUAGUCUUCCUGAUGCAUUCGACAGACAAGAAGGUGGGGUCGUCAGUGAUAGCCCCCCAGCAUACGAGUACAUCCAUCCAUCGAGCCAUGGGGCAGGUCAAAACGAUGGCCCUGAACCUCCAACCAGACCGCAACCAGCCAAGAAACCCAAGAAUAACCGUUCCUUUGGUCGAUGGUUUGGCGGGGCUAGCCAUCCCGAGGAUGACUUAGAGCGAGGUGGACGAUAA